GGUGGAGGCAGUGGCGGUCUGCGUGUCCUGAUCGGCUGCGUCCUUUUCCUGCUCAUCGUUUCCACGCUCCUCGGGAACACGCUGGUGUGCGCCGCUGUGGUCCGCUUCCGUCACCUGCGCUCCAAAGUUACCAACUUCUUUGUCAUCUCUCUGGCAGUGUCUGACCUCUUUGUGGCCGUGCUCGUGAUGCCAUGGGAGGCUAUUACAGAAGUGACAGGCACGUGGCUGUUUGGACGUUUUUGUGGUGUCUGGAUCGCCUUUGACAUCAUGUGCUCCACAGCCUCCAUCUUGAACCUGUGCAUCAUCAGUGUGGAUCGCUACUGGGCCAUUGCCAGCCCGUUUAAGUAUGAGCGGAAGAUGACUCACCGGGUGGCAUUUGUGAUGAUCGGGGUGGCGUGGACGCUCUCCAUCCUGAUCUCUUUCAUUCCUGUGCAGCUGAACUGGCACCAGGCUGGGGAGGAGGAUGAGGAAGGGGUUAAGGAAGUGAUGGAACUGCUGGUAUCCAAUGGGAGGAACUUUACAAACAGCAGCGCCAACCUCAACACCAGCUCAGUUGCCAAGAGCUGUGUGGCCAACCUGAACAAAACCUAUGCCAUCUCCUCUUCUCUGAUCAGUUUCUACAUUCCAGUGGUGAUCAUGAUCGCUACCUACACCCGGAUCUACAGGAUCGCUCAAACCCAAAUCCGCAGAAUUACAUCUUUGGAGAGGGCGGCAGAGCAGGCACAGAACCAAGGCCAUGGGGUGAACAGGAACCAGCAGCAGCAUCACAGACCCAAUGAAGAAGCCUCAUUAAAGUCAUCAUUCAAGAAGGAGACUAAAGUCCUGAAGACGCUGUCCAUCAUCAUGGGGGUGUUUGUCUUCUGCUGGCUGCCGUUCUUCGUCCUCAACUGCACGGUUCCGUUCUGUGACCCGCCCUGCGUCAGCGACACCACCUUCACCGUCUUCGUCUGGUUCGGCUGGGCCAACUCCUCCCUCAACCCGGUCAUCUACGCGUUCAACGCUGACUUCCGCCGGGCUUUCUCCACCAUUUUGGGUUGCAACCAGAUCUGCCCGAACAACACCGUGGAGGCUGUGAACUUCAGUGACGAGCUUGUCUCAUACCACCACGAUACGACGCUCCACAAGGAGCAGCUUGUCCCAGCGCAGCCACAGCAGCUUCCUCGCACCAUAGACGUCGGAUCUGAUCACCUGGAGGAUAUGAGCGCUCGCUUUGAUGAGGAGUCGAUCAUCUCCAAUGGCUCCAGGGGCCACAACAGACUGCUGCUGCUUCCUGCUAAUGUCCAGCUGGAGGAUGACCCAGAACUGUCCUUGGAAACAAUCACACCGUUCACCUCAGUGGCAGGCCUUGACAGUGAGGUUUUAAUACCAGGACAAGUCCACCAGGACGGAUAG